GUCAUUACAAAAAUAACCAAUAUAAUUUUUGGAUUGAAAGAAAGAAGAUAACAUGGAGGAAGAACAAAUAAGAGUCAUUAACAUAAUUGUUAUUGGAGUAAUCGUAUGGGGUGUGAGCUUUAUUCUCACCAGAAAAAUCUUCUCAAGUUACUCCUUCGACUUCUGCAACCGUCUUCUCUCAACAGUUCACGCGACAGUCGCUGUCACAUUGGCAACUCUCUCUGUUCAAGAUUGGUCUUGCCCUGUUUGUCCCCGUGCUUCUAAGCCAUCUCCCCAACAGAUGGAUACGAUGGCAUUUUCAUUAUCAUACAUGAUCUACGAUCUAAUAUGUUGUCAGUUCGAUCAAGUGAUAAGCAUUGACAAUGCUGUUCAUCAUUUUGUCAGCAUUCUUGGGUUUGUUGCUGGGCUUGCCUACCAAAAGUCUGGGUCUGAGAUCAUAGCUACACUGUGGAUAGCUGAGAUAUCAAGUCCUUUUUACCAUUUAAGGGAGAUUCUCAAAGAGAUUGGAUACAGAGACACCAGCCUCAACCUAGCAGCCGAUGUGUGUUUUGCUACUAUUUUCACAUUGGCAAGAAUUGUGUGUGGACCUUUUCUCGUUUACGUAAGUCUGACAGCAGAUAAUCCCAUCUUCAUCAAGGCAAUGGGAUCCGGAUUACAACUCGUGAGUAUAUUUUGGUUCUAUAAAAUCUUCGGGAUGAUGAGAUAUAAACUAUUUAAGAAGCCAAAGUUAAACAAAAAGGCUACUUAGGCAGAGAUACAUAAAAGUUGUUUCACACAAAUGUUUUCUUUCUUGUUUUGUAUUUAUUAAUUAUAUAUCAUCAAUGUAUUUUAAUUAAAAUGUAGCAGAUGCAAAAAGAAAGUUAAGAAAUCACAAAAUUAUAAAAAAAUAAUUUAUGAUAUCCUGAAACUUGG